AGCGACACUCGCUGCUGAAGCGACGCACGGAGCAGAACGCGAACCCCGGAGCCAGGCGGAGGAAACUCAAACGUCAACCAGCACCACCACCAGCAGCAGAAGGUCACACAAUGGCCAUCCCGCCGACGUGCACGCGAUUCUCGGACGAGUACACCUUGAUGGAGGAGCUGGGCAAGGGCGCCUUCUCCAUCGUGCGCAAAUGUGUGAAGGUCGCCACCGGCCAGGACUUUGCCGCCAAGAUUAUCAACACCAAGAAGCUCUCCGCUCGAGAUCACCAGAAGCUGGAAAGGGAGGCUCGGAUUUGCCGCAUGCUGAAGCAUUCCAACAUCGUGCGUCUACAUGACAGCAUCUCGGAAGAAGGAUUCCAUUACCUGCUCUUCGAUCUCGUGACCGGAGGGGAAUUGUUCGAAGACAUCGUGGCGCGGGAAUACUACAGCGAGGCCGACGCCAGCCACUGCAUCCAGCAGAUCCUGGAGGCUGUUCUGCACUGCCAUCAGCUGGGCAUCGUGCACAGGGACUUGAAGCCCGAGAACCUGCUGCUGGCGAGCAAGACGAAGGGUGCGGCGGUGAAGCUGGCCGACUUUGGCCUGGCCAUCGAGGUGCAGGGCGAGCAGCAGGCCUGGUUCGGUUUUGCUGGCACGCCGGGAUAUCUGUCCCCGGAGGUGCUCCGGAAGGAUCCGUACGGAAAACCCGUGGACAUGUGGGCGUGCGGAGUGAUCCUGUACAUCUUGCUGGUUGGGUACCCUCCCUUCUGGGAUGAGGAUCAGCACCGCCUGUAUCAGCAGAUCAAGGCCGGAGCCUACGACUUCCCGUCACCCGAGUGGGACACUGUCACCCCAGAGGCCAAGAGUCUCAUCAACCAGAUGCUGACGAUAAAUCCGGCCAAGCGUAUCACGGCCUCUGAGGCCCUCAUCCACCCCUGGAUCUUCCAACGCUCGACCGUGGCGUCGUGCAUGCACAGGCAGGAGACGGUCGAAUGCCUCAAGAAGUUCAACGCCCGGCGCAAGCUCAAGGGAGCCAUCCUCACCACCAUGCUCGCCACGCGGAACUUCUCAGCGGCCAAGAGCCUGAUGAACAAGAAGACGGACGGCGUGAAGGAGUCCACAGACAGCAGCAACACCACUCUGGAGGAUGAAGACCUGAAACUGCGCAAGCAAGAGAUCAUCAAGGUGACGGAGCAGCUGAUUGAGGCGGUCAACCACGGAGACUUUGAGGCCUACACGAAGCUCUGUGAUCCAGGGAUGACGUCCUUCGAGCCGGAGGCGCUGGGAAACCUGGUGGGAGGGAUGGAGUUUCACAAGUUCUACUUUGAGAACCUUUUCUCAAAGAGCCAGCGGCCCGUGCACACGACGCUGCUGACGCCGCACGUGCACCUGCUGGGCGAGGAGGCGGCGUGCGUGGCCUACGUGCGGCUCACGCAGUACGUGGACAACGCCGGCGUGCCGCGCACGCAGCAGGCCGAGGAGACGCGCGUGUGGCACCGGCGCGACGGCAAGUGGCAGAGCGUGCACGCCCACCGCUCGGGAGCACCCACGCAGCACGGCAGCGCCAAGAGACUGAAGACAAACUGAGCCGGGUCUCCCAACCGCCCCUGAACAGAGGACACACACACGCUCUUGGACAGACACAUGCACUCUCACACAUACAUACACACGCACUAACAGAUAUACACACUCACGGAAAAACACGCGUGUUCACAGAUAAAACAAACAAAGAUCCCCCAUAUAGCCUUAACAGACUGUUGGGGCAGGUGCUGUUAGCGAGCACCUAUGAAGGCCGGCAACUGCACACGAGGAGGUGGGUGGCCAACACCACGCCUGUCCGCCUUUGUAUCCCCAGUGGCAAUGUUUACACAUCACACCAGUUGACCUAGACGAGGCCCAGGACCGGUUCAGAUAAUCAUCACUGGUGUCGGCCAUGAGCGGGAAUUAAACUCGGGUGGCCGGGUUCAAAGCGCAGCGCGCUAACCGCUGCACGGCCGUUCAUGGACGCCCACUCAUUCACGGAUGCGCACACAGACGCACACGGUCACAGACACACACACACAUUUACGGACAGAGAAUUGCACGCACACACUCACAUUCAGGGCCAUCUGCACUGACGCACGACAUCGUUUUGGAUUCGCAACCGAGAAGAAAAUGUCCUUUAAAGGUAAUGCGCGUGGGCAAACACGUACGUACGUGUGCUUUAACAUUUAUAGUCAUGUUUGAACAACGUUUGGAAAUGUACUUGGAUUUAGAUGUAUACGGUGGAGUUCACUUUGAGAGCUUUUGUCGGAGUUUUGAUGAUACAGGUUACAACUCAGGUUCCUACAAUGAUAUAUUUUUGCGCUUUUAUAAAUAUCUCCAAUAUAAUUACGCUAAUGAUGAUACAUUCUACAACAUUCCCUCAAUAAGGCCCAUACAGAUUUAAUCAAGGAAUAUUUUCCGCCGCGAUGUUGCAUAUCAGGUCCACGUGGACGGUAGGCAAGGAACGCCAAGCAAAACGCUUCCCCCCGCCAGGUGGCGAUAGGUAGCAUGACGGAUCAGCCGGGGAAUCCGUGGCAGUGCACAGAGAUGCCACUAUACAAACAAGACAAAGAUCCCCCUUGUACAGUGCCGGAUUAAGCGAGUGCGGGGCCUGUAGCAUGAUGUUAUAAAGGGGCCCUAAAUAAAAACACGCAAAUAUUAAAACACACAUUUUUAACUUGCAAAGUAAAGUAAUUGUAUUUUUUCAUUUGCUAUACAGCCAGAUAGUACGACAAAUCGCGACCCUUAAACACUCAAUCGUUCAUAAAAGUUGAAGGCAGUAUAGUACUAUAGUAAUCGAGCAAGUGCAGAAUCACUGAACCGGAAUUGAUAUCUUGAAAGCAUUUAGCGCGGAGCUCUUGAAAGUGCGGGCCCGUAGCUACUGCAUAUGUAGCUACUUUUGCUUUUAUAGCCUCAACAGACUACAUAUACACACACGCGUGCGCACAGGCUCCCACGCACACAUGCAUUCAUUUGCACAGUGAAGACAAAGACGAGACUAAGAUCCCCCGUAUCGCCUCAACAGACGUUGGCGGCCGGGCUUCUAUUCACGAGCACCUCCAUAAAAACCGCCGUCACGCACGCUACAACACGCACACACGCUACAACACGCACACACGCAGGGCGCACACACGCUACAACACGCGCACACACUACAACACACACACGCUACAACACGCACACACGCUACAACACACGCACACACGCUACAACACGCACACACGCAGGGCGCACACACGCUACAACACGCACGCACGCUACAACACGCACACACGCAGGGCGCACACACGCUACAACACACGCACACGCGCACACGCUACAACACACGCACACACGCAGGGUGCACACACACACACAGGUACGUACCUACCUACGUUGCCCGAAUACGCGCACAAGCCAAACAUGCGUCCAGUCACGCUCACGCAUUAUUUAGUAAUUUCAAGCCGGCGACUUGUGGUAUGGCUGCAAAUGCGACUUUUUUAGGGGUCCACUUUGGUGGUCACCUCCAUGGCGAUGGUGAAACAGCUUUAAGGGGGUUGGGUGGAUGGGGUGGGGGGUACAGGCUGCAAAGGGGACUCGAGCAGAAGCCCCGUUUACGUUCGUGUCUCGUACUCACCCUCCCGCCUGCACACUCGCGCCGACACACACAACACCGACACACACAACAACACACACAACACCGACACACACUCGCGCCGACACACACAACACCGACACACACAACACCGACACACACUCGCGCCGACACACACAACACCGACACACACGACACCGACACACACAACAACGACACACACAACACCGACACACACAACAACGACACACACAACAACGACACACACUCGCGCCGACACACACAACAACGACACACACAACACCGACACACACAACAACGACACACACAACACCGACACACACAACACCGACACACACAACAACGACACACACUCGCGCCGACACACACAACACCGACACACACAACACCGACACACACAACACCGACACACACAACACCGACACACACAACAACGACACACACAAGACAACGACACACACAACAACGACACACACAACAACGACACACACAACACCGACACACACAACA